UAACUCAUAAUUGCGUUGCCGAUAUUGCGUUUGCGUUGUUGACAUUGCCGGGUGGGUCGCACAUUUGUCGAAAAGUUGAUAAACACGCCGACAUGGCUGUGGUUGUGCUGGACAAUGGCGCGUACACAGCCAAAGUGGGACUCGCAACGCAGGAUGAGCCCCAGGUAGUGCCCAAUUGCAUAAUGAAGGCAAAAAGCGAGAGACGCCGGGCUUUUGUGGGCAACCAAAUCGAAGAAUGCCGCGAUACCUCGGCGUUAUUUUACAUCCUGGCCUUUCAACGUGGUUAUCUGCUGAACUGGGAUACUCAAAAAACAGUGUGGGAUUAUAUAUUCAGCAAGGAGGGCAUCGGCUGUACACUGGAGAAUCGCAAUGUUGUCAUUACCGAACCGCAAAUGAACUUCCAGAGCGUGCAGGAGGCAAUGCUCGAGAUGCUGUUCGAGGAGUAUCGCGUGGCGGGCAUGUACAAGGCGACGGCCGCCGAUCUGGCUGCGUUCAACUAUGUAGCGGACAGCGAGGAGCGCACCACAAUGCAAACUCUCAACUGCAUCAUUAUCGAUGUCGGCUACAGCUUUACACAUAUUGUGCCGUUUGUGCUGGGCCGGCGUGUCCUGGAAGCCAUCCGGCGCAUUGAUGUGGGCGGCAAAGCGUUAACGAACCAUCUCAAGGAGCUCAUCUCCUACCGCCAUCUGAACGUCAUGGACGAGAGCCAUGUGGUGAAUCAAAUCAAGGAGGACGUUUGCUUUGUGGCCGAAGACUUCAAGGAUGCGAUGAGCGUGCAUCAUAGCGAGAAAAGGCGAAAGGAAAUCGCUGUGGAGUAUGUCCUGCCCGACUUUACGACAGUCAAGCGUGGCUAUAUACGUGUGCCGGGCCAGCCACGCGUUGAUGAGGAACAACAGCAAAUGGUGCCGCUGUGCAAUGAACGUUUUACUGUGCCGGAGGUGCUCUUCAAUCCAUCGGACAUCGGCAUUCAGCAGGUGGGCAUACCGGAGGCUGUUGCCGAUGCCCUGCAAGCGUGUCCCUGGGAGGCGCAUCGCGAACUAUUGCUAAACAUUCUCAUUGUUGGUGGCAGUUCACAGUUUCCUGGUUUCCUGCCGCGCCUCAAGCGCGAUCUGCGCGCCCUGGUGCCAGAUGAUUUGGAGGUAUCGCUCAUCUGUCCCGAGGACCCGGUGCGUUAUGCCUGGUACGGCGGCCGCGAAGUGGCCACCAGUCCCAAUUUUGAUGAGUUCAUCUAUACGCGAGAUGAUUACGAAGAAUUUGGCAUACACGGCCUGCCGCAGCGCUAAGUGGAAACUAUGCCCAUUGAUUAGGUUUAUAAAUUAUAUCUAUAGCUCACUUUUUUUUGUGCCGUUGUGCGUGUGUGUGUGUAUGUGUGUGUGUGUGUGCCGCCAUUAAAUAACCCAUGAAUGUCGCAUAUAGAUCCUUAAAUGCCACAUUUAAUGUAUUACAUGGAAA